GGCAGAGAGCACGUACACGCACGGUAUCAUGGCUGAAUCGAACAAAAGCGGCAAGCGGAGGUUCCGGAUCGAGAACAACGUCAUCAUCGGCGAGGACGCCGCGGAACUGCUGGUCGACCGGGGCGUCGGCAGGGUCAUCCUCGACGCUUUCGACGCCCAUCCCAAUACCGUCGGACAGCUCGACGUCGAGACCGGUGAGACGAUGACGCACGCGGAAAUGAAAGAUCUGAGCGUGAGAUGCGCCCUGUGGCUGCGGGAGCAGGGCAUCGGCAAGGACGACAUCGUCGCCUCGUCCACGCCGCUCAUGAUGCACGACUUCGUGCCGAUGCUGAGCACGUUUUACGUCGGGGCCGUGUUCAAUCCCUGGUACGAUCAGUAUUCAGCGGCCGAGUGCAGGGAUCUGUGGGCGCUGAUGGAGCCGAAAAUCAUGAUCGCCACCGACAAGACCAUCGAUCUGCUGGCGAGCACGGCCAAGGAGGCCAAAGUCGACUGUAAAUUCGUCGUCAUCGGCGAGAGCUCUGAAUACCCGACCCUGGCCCAGAUCAUGGCCGAGCAGAGCCAGCAGGAGGUCGACGGCUUCGCCCCGGUGGAGUAUCCCAUCGGCUCGCGUCAAACGGCCGUCGUGUUCUUCUCGUCGGGUACCACGGGCAAGCAGAAGGGCACGAUGCUCACGUACGAGGCGAUGGUCAACGCUCGCUUCAAGCACAAGUACAUGCCGCGCGACGCCAACUAUCUCUUCUACUCGGGCAAGACCUGGAUCACGGGCACCCACUUUCAUCUCUAUACCAUCAGGAACAACGCGACCCGACUGGUCACUCGGGAAUUCGAGGCCGAGCGCACCUGCGAGCUCAUCGAGAAGUAUCGCGUGAGGUGGACCUUCCUCACGCCCACCUACCUCACCAAGAUGUACAAGGCCGACGUUCUAUCGCGCUACGAUCUGUCGUCGCUCGACGCCCUGCUCGUAGGCGGCUCUCGAUGCAACGCCGACGUGCUGGUGAAAUUUCGCGAGGCUUUGAUGCCCAACGGCACCGUCGUCUCCAACAGCUUCGGCAUGACCGAGCUCGGUGGAGCAGGGGCCAUGCAGACCCGCGACUCCAAGAUCGUGCACUCGGUCGGCGACAUCGUCGAGAGGGUGAGCAUGAAGGUCUUGGACCCGGAGACCGAUCGGCAGCUCGGGCCCGACGAGGAGGGCGAGUUGUGCUUCAUGACGGAGAACAGAAUGACGGCUUACUACAAGAAUCCGGCGGCCACCAAGGAGGUCAUCGACGACGACGGCUGGUGCCGCAGCGGAGACUUGGGCUACUUCACCGAGGACGGCGAGAUAGUGAUAACCAGCCGCCGCAAGGAGGUGAUCAUCUGCCAGAACGAUCACGUGGCGCCGGGCAUCGUCGAGGAGAUACUGCUCAAGCAUCCCGGGGUGGCGGACGCCGCAGUGGUCCCGGUGCCGCACAGCGUCGACGUCGAGCGGCCCAUGGCCUUCGUCGUCAAGACCCCCGAAUCCACGGUGACGGCCGAGGAGCUGAUCGAGCUGUCGGCGAGCUACGCCACGUACUAUCGCUUGAUCGGCGGUGUCGUCUUCGUCGACAGUUUGCCGUACACGUCGACCGGCAAGAUAGCUCUGAGGAAGCUCAAAGAGAUGGCGCUCAAAUACGCCCAAUAAUUGUGUCUUACGUUUAAUAAUUGUAAUUUAUAAUCUGUAAAAAUAAAAUCUUUUGUAAUAUAACGAUCGUCGUCGAUCACAGCUGAUUUCAAUCCGAUUAAAAAAUUAGUUAAUUUUUGAUCA